GAAUAGAAAAAAAAUCCGUACGACAGAAUAGGAAAAAUAAGAUUCAAAUUUCAAGUGUGGAUUUUUUUUUAAAUAAAUUUCCAUUUUCUUAAAUUUUCUAACAAAAUCGAUCCCGUCCAUUCAUCGUGAAUGAAAAUUUUGAAUAAUUUCAUCAUUUUAACUGAUUUUGAUAAAUUCACAUAGUGCUGCUGCUGAGGCGAAAGUGUGUGCAGAGUAUUACAGUCAAAGACAAGGAUAACAUAGAAAUUCAGUUGAUCGAAAAUCGAUCCAGGUCGUCACCUUUAUCGAAUCUAUAUAGCAAAAGUUCAUUGGCAGUAAACUGCACAUCAUUAUCACAAUCAUCACAGACAUAAAAAAUCAAUCAUGGGAUCAGAAACACCAUCAAAUCCAACCGAAAUUCAUGCACCCAGCAAUGGCAAUGUGGAUAAAAUUCAAGCUACGCACAACCUAACAAAUGGUGAACAAAUUGAUGCCACAAACGAUGCUGAUGUGGUUAAUACGGAGGAUGGUACCGCAGAAGAUGGCGAAUCGGGAAUGUACGAUGACACCAGUUUUAAUAUCAAAGUUGUAUUGCCGGGCGUAUCGGAACCGUUAGAAAUUCCUGUUUCGGCCAUGGAAAUGGUGCAGGAAAUUCAUCAAAUGCUUAUGGAUCGUGAAGAUUCAUGUCAUCGUACAUGUUUUUCAUUGCAAUUGGACGGUGUUACAUUGGAUAAUUUUGCUGAAUUGAAAAGCAUCGAACACUUACAAGAUGGUUCGAUUUUAAAAGUGGUCGAAGAACCAUAUACAGUUCGCGAGGCUCGAAUUCAUUUGCGUCACGUUCGUGAUUUGCUUAAAAGCUUAGAUCCAACCGAUGCAUACAAUGGCAUGGAAAAUGCAUCACUGUCAUUUAUGAAUAUUAUCACACAAGAUGAUGGCAAUGAAACAAAAAAAUUACGUGAAAAAUUUGAUUGUACACCUCCCGAUUACAUUUUGCCAGGUGCAAAAGAACGAAGUUUGACACCGUUAAUGCCCGGAGCAAAAACUUCAAAAGGUCCACAAGCGCUUAAAGUGUUGACCACUUCAUCAUGGAAUCCACCGCCUGGACCCCGUAAAUUGCACGGCGAUUUAAUAUAUUUGUAUGUGAUUACAAUGGAAGAUAAACGUUUUCAUAUAACUGCAUGUCCACGUGGUUUCUAUAUAAAUAAAACAACGGAAGAAGUGUUUGAUCCAAAACCAGAUGUGCCUAAUCAUUUGUGCCAUUCGUUGAUCGAUUUAUUAUCAUACAUUUCACCAAUGUUUAAGCGAAAUUUUGCAAUAAAUUUGAAGCGUCGUUCAUUGCGUCAUCCAUUUGAACGUUUGGCCACAUCAUACCAAGUAUAUUCGUGGUGUGCACCAGUUUUGGAGCAUACCAUCGAUGCCAUUCGGGCCGAAGAUACAUUUUCCGCAAAAUUAGGAUAUGAAGAGCAUAUUCCCGGUCAAACACGUGAUUGGAACGAAGAACUGCAAACGACCAGGGAAUUACCACGAAAAACAUUGCAAGAGCGUUUAUUGCGUGAACGUGCCAUAUUCAAGGUGCAUAGCGAUUUUGUUGGGGCAGCAACACGUGGCGCAAUGGCUGUUAUCGAUGGCAAUGUAAUGGCCAUAAAUCCCGGCGAAGAUGCAAAAAUGCAAAUGUUCAUUUGGAAUAAUAUUUUCUUUUCGUUGGGCUUUGAUGUGCGAGAACAUUACAAGCAUCUUGGCGGUGAUGCAGCCGCUUUCGUUGCACCUCGGAAUGAUUUGCACGGAGUUCGAGUUUAUAAUGCAGUUGAUGUCGAAGGACUAUACACAUUGGGUACGGUUGUCGUUGAUUAUCGUGGUUAUCGUAUUACCGCUCAAUCGAUUAUACCGGGUAUUUUGGAGCGCGAACAAGAGCAAUCAGUUGUCUAUGGUUCAAUUGAUUUCGGUAAAACGGUUCUUAGCAAUCCAAAAUAUUUACAUAUGUUAAACAAAGCAGCUACACAUUUGAAAAUUUUACCACAUCAUGUGCUGAACGAACAGGGUAAAGCGGUUGAAUUGUGUUCAUCCGUUGAAUGCAAAGGCAUCAUUGGAAAUGAUAAACGUUACUAUAUUCUUGAUUUGUUGCGAACUUUUCCGCCCGAUGUAAAUUUCUUGAAACAUCCGGACGUUGAACUGAGUCCACGUCUUAAAGAAAUGGGUUUCCCCAUCGAACACAAGCACAAAUUGAAUUGUUUGCGACAAGAAUUGUUGGAUUCAUUUGUUGAGGAUCGUUACAUUCGUUUCAUUCGUAAUGCAGCUUAUAAUUUACAAAAAAUCUGUUCGGCUAAAAAACAAGGUGAAAAUGAAAUGAAAGACGAUGCCACCGAAACGAAAACAGCGCCAGCCAUCGAAGAUAAACCAAAUGAAGAUGGUGAGGAUAAUGAUACAAAAGAAAAUGGUUCCUCUGAGAAUAAUAAUAAAUCAAUAGUGAAUGCCGAAUUAGCCAAAAAGGUGAUGUCAUCGUUUACCGGUGAUAUAACAAGCAAUGAAAAACAAGCGGCCGAUUCAAAACGUAUUGUACGUGAAGCAUGCGCUAAUAUGGGUUCAUUGAAAGAAUCUGAAUUUGACAUUCGUUUCAAUCCGGAUGUUUUUUCACCAGUUCGUCUUACUGGCACACUUGACACCGAACCACCAACCGACAAAGAAGAGGCAGACAAAUUGGCAACGCAAGCAACACCAUUCAAUACAUUGAAACAACAACGAAAAUUGGUGAUUGAAGCUGCCGAAUUUUUGGUAAACAUUCAAAUUCCAAGUUUCGUAAAUGAUUGCAUGAAUCAUGCGUCCGCACCAAUGGAUGGCAGCACAUUGGCCGAAGCAAUGCAUAGUCGUGGAAUAAAUAUGCGGUAUUUGGGUAAAGUUGCCGAUCUUUUUGAAAAAAUUCCUCAACUUGAAUAUUUGCAUAGAAUAUCGGUUAAUGAACUCAUUCUGCGAUCCACAAAGCACAUCUUCCAAGUUUAUAUGCAAAACACCGAUCUUAUAAAUAUGGCAUCGUCGAUAAGUCAUUUUCUUAACUGUUUCCUAACGUCAAUGAAUCAUCCAUUGAAUCCAACACUUGGACAAGAUGAAUUAUGCAAACAAAACAAACGUGGUAGUAAAAAACGCAUCACAACAUCAACAGCAACGACCAAAGUGACAAACGGAGGUGGACGUGUUGGUGUAUUUGGAGGCGAUCAAACCUUUGAAUGGGUGUCGUUGACACAAAAAACAUUGUGGCAACAAAUAAAACGCGAAUUAAAAACAUAUUUCGAUUUUGAUCUCGGCGUUGAGGCGUCCAUUGAUGCUAUAGUUGAAACGUACAAACUACAUAAAUUGACGAUUUUACGAGCAUUUUGCUUAAAAGUAGGCAUUCAAAUUUUAUUGCGUGAAUACAAUUUCGAAUCGAAAAAUAAGCCGACAUUCAACGAAGAUGACAUUUUAAACAUGUUCCCAAUUGUUAAGCAUAUUAAUCCACGUGCAACGGACGCAUACAAUUUCUAUACAACGGGACAGUCAAAAAUUCAACAGGGCAACUUCAAAGAGGGCUAUGAUUUAAUCAGCGAAUCAUUGAAUUUACUCAAUAACGUUUAUGGUGCGAUGCAUUCAGAGAAUUCGCAAUGUUUACGCAUGUUGGCCCGUUUGUGUUAUAUAAUGGGCGAUUUAAAAGAAGCUGUCAACAUCCAACAACGUGCUGUUCUAAUGAGCGAACGCGUUAAUGGUAUUGAUCAUCCAUACACAAUCUCCGAAUAUGCACACAUGGCACUCUAUAGCUUUGCAAAUGGACAAAUAAUACCGGCUUUACGACUUCUUUAUCGCGCCCGUUACCUAGCUGUAUUGAUCCUCGGUGAUGACCAUCCUGAUAUGGCACAAUUGGAUAGUAAUAUUGCAUUGUUCCUACAUGCGACCGGCGAAUUCCGACAUUCCGUUCGUUUCCUUGAGCAUGCACUUGCGCUAAACAUAAAAUAUCAUGGCGAGAAAUCAUUGAAAGUGGCCGUUAGCUAUCAUUUGGUUGCACGCACACAAAGUUGCAUGGGUGAUUUUCGUUCGGCAUUGUGCAGUGAAAAAGAAACCUAUGCCAUUUACAAGCAAUUGUUGGGUGAGAAUCAUGAAAAAACAAAGGAAUCAUCAGAAUGUUUACGUCAUUUGACUCAACAAGCGGUGGUGCUACAAAAGAAAAUGAAUGACAUUUGUACAACUGGAAAGAUAACCAUUGAUUUGCCACCAAUUCACAUACAGCCACCGUCAAUGGAUUCCGUUUUGGAUAUGUUGAACGCAAUCAAUGGUAUCAUUUUCGUACAAAUAAGUCAAAAGGAUAUUGCUAAUAUGAAAAAUGAAAUUGAAAAACGUCAAAGAGAGGAGGAAAUAAAUGCUAAAGCAAACCAAAGUAGUCAACAAUCGUUAGAAGCAGAAGCAACACAAAAUGGCUCCGACAACGGCGAGCCAACUCUUUCAAAUGAAAUAAAUGGCGUAGAUGCCAAACCAACCAAAUUGGUUGCUUGUUAGAUCCAAUUUUUCUUUUUCUAUUUCAAAGCAAACACACAAAAAACAGACAUAAGAAACAUAAGUCAAGUUAGUUUUUUUUUGACGUUUUCCGCCAAAACACAAACAGAAAUGAGAGAAAAGAAGUAGUAGAUGAGAACAAAUUUUAGGUAAAUAUCCGGUCGUUUGCAAAAUAAACAAAAAAAAAAAAAAAAUUGUGCACAUGACUACAAUUACAGCAUAUCUGUAUGGUGAAGAUGUUAGAGAGAAGCAAAUUAUAAAUGAAUGAACACAAUAGACGUUGAUAAGUUUACGUUUCGAUAAUACGAAUGCAAAUCAUAACAUACACACAUGAAAUGGUAGCAAAAUAUUGUUGCGCAUCAAAAUUUAGACAAAAUAGCAGCUGGUAGUUAAAGGCGAUGGUUUAUGGUUAAAGUUUAUGCUAUGGUUUCAAACAAGUAAAUGAUGUCUUAAGACGAUUGAUGCAACAAAACAUCUGAAAAUCAUUGCCAUAAUUGUUUGUAUCUUUUAUAAAUCGAAUUUAUUUUGUAUCUUGAAAUAUAUGAUUUUCAGACGUUACGAGCACAAACGUCACAACAAGUCGGAACAUCACGAAAAAUCAAUCAGUACAUGAAAUUUUUGUUAUUCAUUUUUCUUUAAAACGUUAAAACAUUUUGUAGACGUUCAUUUUUAUGCAAGAAAAAAAAAUGUAUUCCAAAAAAUAGAAAACAUAUGAUUAAUAUGUUUAACCACACCAAAAACUCUGUUGCUCACAGUCAAUUGUUAUGAAUUAAAGGAUAUUGAAAUAAAAAACAACAAAAAUCUCAUUGUUUUGGCACUAUUGAGAUUCAAAUUCUUGUAAAAUGUCGGUCAAUAGUAAAAUAUUUGCAAAAGAACAGAA